AUGGCGGCACGGGUUUCGCCCAACUCCAAAACAGCGGCAGAGCAGCCCCGCCCCCUGGCGGCCGAGCGGCGGCGGGGCGGUGGCGCCCGGUGGCGCCGGUGUCAUUGCGGCGGGUGCGGGGCCGGCAGGGAAGGGGCUGGCAACGGCCGGGUGGUCCCAGGGGUUCGUCGAGCCGAGCAGGUAGCACAGGGCGCCUGGCCAGCUCCGGGCCGCGACAACGAACGGGCAGGAGCCAGUGGUCAGCAGCAGGCAGGGCCCGGGCCUGGGCCGCAGCUCCAAGCUGUCCGGAGGCGAGCGGAAAGGGCAGGGCCAGAGGUGGCUCCGCAGCCCUCCUGCCCUGAGGUCACCCUGGCCCGAGCGUGGCAUCGCUGUUGCCAGGGUCCGGCUCCGCUGCCCAGGCCCGGAGACGAGUCCCGGCUGCCCUGGUUCGGGUCUCGGGGAGGUGCCGGGGCACGCUCGGGCCCGGUCUCGGGGCCGAGGAUCCCGGCUGCGAGCGGGGCAGGCAGGAGCGGUGUGUGCGGUGCCGGGCAGGGAGCUGCUGCGGGGAUUCUGAGCCGGCUUGGUCUCUCCGUGUGCCUGGAGCAGCGCUGCGCCGUGGGGCAGACACCAGAGCUAUCGGAAGUGGAGGGCUCGGAGCUCGCCGGGGCUGGUCAGGGGAUCGGGGAGCCCGAAAGCAGCUGCGGGGCUCACCGAGCCUGUCCCACGCAGCUCCCCCCGAGCUGGCAGCCGCUCACGGCGGAGGCUGAUCGCGGGGAGAGGAGGCAGAGCCGCCAGAAGCUGCGGGACGGACUCGCUGCCGGAGACGUUGCUGAGGGGCCGGGGCAGUCAUGUGGCACUGUGCUAACGAGGUGCCCGCCCUGCCCGGGCAGCCUUGCCAGGUGGAAGAGGAAGCCGAGGGACAGCUUUGCAGGCUCCUCUGUCCUGCCAGCCAUGCAUAGGAAGCAGAAGCAAGCAGAGCAGGCCAGGCCACAAGGGCUGCAGAAGGCCUGGGGCAGGCUGCAGCUGCACCAGGCAGCGCUGCCCACCCUGCCAGUGCCACCCCUGCAGCAGACCCUGGACCGCUACCUGCAGGCCCUGGAGCCCAUCGUGAGCCACGAGGAGCUGAGCCACACGCAGCAGCUGGUGGCAGAGUUCCGCAGGCCGGGGGGCGUCGGGGAGAGGCUGCAGAGGGGCCUGGAGAGAAGAGCCAAGAAAACAGAGAACUGGCUCUCAGACUGGUGGCUGAAGACAGCUUACCUGGAGUACCGCCUGCCAGUUGUGGUGCACUCCAGCCCAGGAGUGGUUCUACCCAAGCAGGACUUUCUGGAUCGCCAAGGCCAGCUCAGGUUUGCUGCCAAGCUGAUCGAGGGGGUCCUGGAUUUCAAGUCGAUGAUUGACAAUGAGACCCUUCCAGUGGAGUACAUGGGGGGGGAGCCCCUCUGCAUGAAUCAGUACUACCAGAUCCUCUCCUCCUGCCGCAUCCCCGGGCCCAAGCGCGACGCCAUUGUCAACUACGCCAGGGGCAAGCAGCAGUCCAGGCACAUCACCGUGGUGCACAACUUCCAGUUCUUUGAGCUGGAUGUCUACAACAGUGAUGGCAGCCCCCUUACUGCUGAGCAGCUCUUUGUUCAGCUGGAGAAGAUCUGGAACAACUCUCUUCAGACAAACAAAGAACCUAUUGGGAUCCUCACCACCGACCACCGCAACAGCUGGGCAAAAGCCUACAACAACCUCCUGAAAGACAAGACCAACAAGGACUCUGUGCGUGCCAUCGAGAGGAGCAUCUGCACGGUGUGCCUGGACGCGCCUGUGCCGCGCGCUGCUGACGGCCUCUACCACAGCCAGGUGGCUGCACAGAUGCUGCACGGGGGGGGCAGCCACCUCAACAGUGGCAACAGGUGGUUUGACAAGACCCUGCAGUUCAUCGUUGCUGAGGAUGGCUCCUGUGGGCUGGUUUAUGAGCACGCCCCCUCCGAGGGACCCCCCAUCAUCGCCCUGCUGGACCACGUCGUGGAGUUCACGAAGAAGACUGAGCUGGAGAAGUCAGCCCUGAGCCCGCUGCCAAUGCCCAAGAAGCUGAGGUUUAACAUCACUCCAGAAAUCAAGAAUGACAUCGAGAAGGCCAAGCAGAACCUCAACAUAAUGGUUGAAGACCUGGACAUCAAGAUCAUGGUCUUCCAUCAGUUUGGGAAGGCCUUCCCCAAGUCAGAGAAGAUAAGUCCUGAUGCUUUCAUCCAGGUGGCCCUGCAGCUGGCCUAUUACAGGAUGUAUGGGCACUGCUGUGCCACCUACGAGAGUGCCUCUCUGCGGAGGUUCCGCCUGGGCCGCACCGACACCAUCCGCUCCGCCUCGGCUGCUGCGCUGCGCUUCCUGCAGGCCAUGGACCGCCCGGCACAGCCGGAGCAGGAGAAGGCAGAGCUGCUGAGGAGAGCUGCCCAGGCCCACAGGGAGUACACCAACAUGGCCAUACAGGGCAAUGCCAUAGACAGGCACCUGCUGGGGCUGAAGCUCCAGGCCAUCGAGGACCUGGUGAGCAUCCCUGAGCUGUUCAUGGACACUGCCUACGCCGUGGCCAUGCACUUCAACCUCUCCACCAGCCAGGUGCCAGCAAAGACUGACUGUGUGAUGUGCUUCGGGCCCGUGGUGCCCGAUGGCUACGGCGUCUGCUACAACCCCAUGGAGGACCACAUCAACUUCGCCAUCUCUGCCUUCAACAGCUGCGCCGACACCAACGCCGCACGCAUGGCUCACUACCUGCAGCAGGCCCUGCUGGACAUGAGGGCCCUGCUGCAGGCCACCCCCAGGGCCAAGCUCUAAGGCACAGACACGAUGCAGCCCCCCAGUGAACAGGACCUCCCCUGGUGCACUGAAGCUCCUCGCAGGGGGGCUGAGGGCACAGCUCGCCCUGGGACGGCUGCAGCUGCUCUCAGCGAGGUGACACCGGUGACCCCCAGGCUCUGUGGGGAGAGGCCACUGCCAGGCUGCAGCUGCUCUGCUCCCAGCAAAGCCCAGGGCAGCUCCCUGCCCUCAGAGACUGCAGAUAGUUUUAUGGAGGGCCUGUAGAGGAGUGCAGAAAGCACAGCACUGAUGCUCUGCAGGCCUGGGAAUGUUGCCUCCUCCUGCUCUAGGACCUUGGGAUCUCCUCCCUGCUGCACUGACUCCACUGCACCCAGCCCAGCUGCUUUGGGUGGUGGGGGGCUGAGCUCUCUACAAAGUCUGUUGUGCUCCUGGCCCUUGGUCUUCAGGCUCAGCAUAAAGCUCUUCCCCACAAAGCCUUCUCAGAACUCCUGUCACAGCUCUUGGCAGCUUUGCCCUCCUGCACCUCACCACCUGUGGAGUCAGCAGCAGGAGCUUUGCUGCAUUGGAAUCUGGGCUUGAGGGAAGGAGAGAAGCUGCCUCCUGCCCAGCAGCCCUGGCCCUGCUCUCCUCCAGAGCCCAUUAGCCCCCUGGGUCUUUGCACCCUGCUUGCAGGAGCAGCCCCUGACUGCUCUGGGCCCUGUCUAAGCAAGGGCCAGGCCCCAAGUGCCUUGGUGAACUCCCCUGAGAUUUGCACUCAGCCUGUGCCUGGUCAGUCCACAUCACCCUGGAGGGACUCCAGUAGUGCUGCACUUCUGCCACCAGGUCACCUGAGGAAACUGUGCCAAGGACUCUUGCCCUGAAGCUCACCUGCACAGCCAGUGAUUGUAGAGUGCCCCUCAUCAGCUGCUCUUGGGUGAGAGCAGCCCUGCAGCCCUGCUCUGCUG